AGAUGAAUCCUUGCAGUCACGAAAGCUUUAAAUCGAAAUAACAACAAAAUCAUAAUCUUAGUUAAUAGCAGCGGGGCUCUCUCUCUCCCUGCCCACGGUGAGGCGCCAAAGGCCGUGCAGCCCAGGGGCCGUGGACGAGCCCCGCGCCGCCACCACCACCACCACGCCGCCUGGCUCGCUAGGCCCACGAUGGAGCGGCACGCCGCUGGCAGCGGGCGCCUCCGCCCCGCCGAGGAGGAGCUCUCGCAGAGGCACAAGCGGGAGAAGAAAGAGCUGCAGGGACGUGUCCAGGCAAUGAAGAAUGCGGUACCGAAGAACGACAAGAAAAGACGCAAGCAGCUUGCGGAUGAGGUCGCACAGACGGAGGCCGAGCUGGAGGCACGCCACGAACGCGAGAGACUCGCGCUCGCUGGGGAGCACAGCGAGAGCCAAGCAGCCACGGUGGGGAGCGUGUUGGAUGCACUGGCCAGUGUGGAACUGACCUCGGUUGCAGAAAAUGCAGGGACGACGGAGACGCAGCUGCGUGUGAGCAAGGCCCAGAAGCGACGGGACAAGAAGGCUGCGAGCGAGAGGGAACGCGAGGCUCGUAUCGUGGCGGCCGAGUUGAACGAGCUGACUCACGGCGCGCGUCACCUCGAGGGCCGCCGUGUGGCCGACUUGCUGGCCGCCCGUGGCCUGCACGCCCGGCCCGUGCCGCCCGAUGGCCACUGCAUGUACGCGGCCGUACGGCACCAGCUGGAGGCACGGGCGGGCCCCGCGCUGUCCGUCGCCGAGUUGAGGACGCGUGCCGCGAGCUACAUACGGCAGCACCGCGACGAGUUUGCACCAUUCCUCACUCAGGCUGGCACGGGCGAGGCGUACACAGAUGAGGAGUUUGAUAAAUAUUGCGAUGAGGUGGAGAAGACAGCAGCGUGGGGAGGCCAACUGGAGCUACGGGCCCUGUCUCAUGCCUUGGAGACGCCCCUGGAGGUGGUGCAGGCGAGCGCUCCGACCAUCACCAUCGGGGACGAGUACCACGUUCCGCCCAUCACACUCAUCUACAUGCGCCACGCCUACGGCCUGGGGGAGCACUACGACUCCGUGGAACCCAUCCCCGUGGGGGGCGGCGCAGAGGGAGGAGGAGAGGACGGAGAGAGCGGUCGCUGAGAACCUCCCCGGCGGGAGAGAGCCAGCGCCGUCAAACUCCUGGUUUGGAAUUCCAAGUGGCCACUACGAUUACAUCCUGCAAGUGUGUCGUGAUGUUUGUGGUCUGCAUAGCUCGGUCACCAGUGAAUGCACGAGAAUGGGCGUUGUAAAAGCUUGCUUUGGCAUGGAAUUCAGACGAGUUUAGCUCCAAAAGGCAUACGCGUCAAAUGGGCAUGGCAUGAACCACUUGCGCAUUUGCACAGCUAAAGACAGAGGUGUGCUGGUUGUGGAAAAUAGACCAUUGGAGAAUUGCAACCGGAAUGUUGUCAAAUGAGUUGUUCAGAUUGUAAUGUGUGACUCUUAACAGUUGUGGGGAUAACAUGUUUUGCUUUGUCUAGUUGGCAAAAGGCAAGAUUGAAAAUGUAAAAUAAAUGCGAUACCAGUAUGUAUUCUUGUAAAAUUUCACUGGAUCGCUCUCGCGAAAAUUAUUGCGGUAAAUUUGCACAGUGCAUUCUGGGAUGAGCAGCAUUGUUUAAGGUAGCAAAAAUCAGGAGUUGAUCAGUUCAUAGGAGGCAAACGGCUUCAGUAUUACACGGUGGCAUUCCUGCAGAUACUACCUGUGCUGCUGAUAAUGUAGUCCAGUGUUCUUCACUAAUUUUCAGAGGGGGGGGCAAAUUUUACCGAUAAGACAUCAGUGUGAGCACCGACCGUCACACAUUUGCAACUAUUGGGGGUUUGACAGCAGCACGAUGAUGGGGAGUGUAUUGUCGGGGGUUGCACGUCAGGGGCCGCACUUAAGGUCACCAGGGGCCACCAGUGCCCCACAGGCCUCGUAGUGAAGACCACUGAUGUAUCAGAAUCUUUAUUUUUUCUGGAGGAAUCCAAUGAGCUAUACAGCUAUUUUUCACAGAUGUCCAAUAGUCACAGAUGUCCAGAUGGGGAAGAGCGCCCAUCGUGGGUGGUAGGGGCAUUGUAAAGCCUGCGCUAAUCAUCGUAGAGCCUUCCUCAAUUUAACCACUGAACUUCUCCCUUCCUUAAUUUUAGUACAAUUCGUUGUUUACAAUCUGCACUUUGUCACGUUCCCAUAAGUUAAAAUGACAUAUUUGACAAUGUCUUAGGAUUGUGUGUUUACAAUCGUUAUGUAUUCAUUGGGUCUUUCGGUAAAGCCACGUAGAUAGAAAAAAAUACAAAAAUAUGUCGUUUCGAUCGCAACACAAGCAAUCGUCAUCAGGUGAUGAUUGCUUGUGUUGCGAUCGUGGCUUUACCGAAAGACACAAUGAAUAUGAAUUCCUGCAGUCACAAAAGCUUAAAGUCAAGAUUUAACUGUUAUGUAAUUGUGACUUUCUUAACUACCAGGUGGUUCCCCAUGGAAUCUUCAUCUUAAAAUCGUCUUGAGCCUUGGCAUUAACGUGACUUCCAAGAAUCCCAAGGUUGUCAUACUUCUGGCUCUCCAAGCCUCUGGCUUUAAAACUGAACCCUUUAAGUCCUGAAGGGGACUGGUCUGACUCUUCGUGUGCUGUGUCCCCUGCUAUAUAUGUAAAUGUGGGUCCGAUGCAAACGGCUUACUCGUUUAUAUGUAAAAUGUAAACGUGACACCAACGUGGAAUUUAAACUGUCGCAUAGAAACGUCUGCUGUAAAUCCAUCGGUAUGUCACAACAUCCCACCUGCCAUUCCAGUGAGGCGCAGCUCAGAAUCAGAAUCUUUUUUUAGACUGGAGGAAUCUCUAUUUUAUGCAAUUUAUUUGCCGAAUGCCAUAACUCAGGGGUCCCCAAUUCCCGGGCCACGGACCGAUACUGGGCCGUGGCCUGUUAGGAACCGGGCUGCACAGCAGGAGGUGAGCGGUGAGUCCGCGCGUGGCCCGCCCAUUAUUUUAUUUACCACUUCUGUCCGCGUAUCUUUCAGUCACAGUCACAGUGUUGGUAA